AUGGCAUCUAAGUCGCUGCCAAUCCGCCUCAUCACCUACAAUGUUCGCUUCGCCAUAGAGAGCCCCACUCCUGGAGAAGAGCCAUGGUCGGUCCGUUGCCCGAGGCUCUGCGCCCAGCUGAGGUUCAUGACUGCUGGACAGGACUCGGUUUUCAUCUGUCUCCAGGAAGUCCUGCAUUCCCAGCUCAGCGAUAUCCAAACACGAUUGGGUCCAGCGUGGACAUAUAUCGGCCAAGGACGGGACGAUGGCGACGAGGCCGGAGAGUACUCUCCCAUCUUCUUCCGGCCUGACCGCUGGGAGUGUUUACGCAAUAGGACGUAUUGGUUGUCUCCUACACCGGAUGUGCCGUCGAAAGGAUGGGAUGCUGCCUUGAAUCGGGUUGUCACCAUGGGCUUAUUUAGGGACCGCGGAUCUGGGGCCACUAUUGUGCUCAUGAACACCCACUUCGACCACAAAGGUGAAAUUGCGCGUGAAGAAAGCGCACGCCUUCUCCUCAAGCUUGCCGAAACCUGGGCCGGAGAGCGCGCCACCCGGUCACCCCUCCCCGUGUCCCUCACUGGCGACCUCAACAGCACCCCGACAGAAGAAGCUUACAAAAUACUGACCGCCAAGGACUCGGGGAUGAAAGAUAUCGCAGAUCUCGUGCCGGAAGACACAAAGUACGGCAACAGGGAGAUAACUUUCACCUCAUUUGGGAACCCAGACGAACCACCGUCCCGCAUCGAUUUCCUUUUUGUGCGAGACACGGGCAGCCUCCGCUUCUUGACGUUCGGAAUUCUGCCCAACCGAUUCGAUGACAAGAUAUACCUCUCAGAUCAUCGGCCCGUGGUUGCAGAUGUGGAAGCCCUCGCGCCAGCGAGCAUGUGA